UUGUUUAAUACCAGUUUCUCACGUUACAGUCUUACAGCUUACGCCAUUAGCUUGUUUAUAGUUCUAAUUUGUAGCCAAGAUACAGUAUAUUUUAGAUGACAUAUUUCGGGAAUUAAACAUUUCAUACACCAUGACUGUACAUUCUGCUCAUUAAAGCAUAAAACCCUUUGGUCACUGUGUGGAAUCCCGUCACCAGAUGAACACCCCUCCUGAUCUCCAGUAGACUGUUUUACUCUUUGUGAAUAUGGCCCCCCUCCUCCUCCUCAGGCUGCCACACUGAUCAACUCCACUGGACCACAAACACACAAUGAGAGAGAACAACGAAAGAAAUGAAAACUUGAGCCAUGUGUUAUUCAGGCUUCUCUGCAUUCUGGACUUAAACCAUUCCAAAACUGCAAAUGCCCUUUCACGUUUGUUAGCUUUGAGGACACAUGUGUCUUUAAAUGGGCAAUGACCAGAAACGGACCGCAGGGACCAUGAUUGUACGACUGUGCUUGCUUGUGGCCUUUUUAGGGGGUCGAUUGCCAGUGGUGGGCACAGAGGAAGACAGUGGACCGUUUACAACACCCUUUCCUUCUCCUCUAAAUGCUGAUGCACUCUUAAGCCCAAACUGCUCGCAGCUCACACUGAAACUUGACUUUUCUACCAAAGUGGUCAAGCAUGAGUACAUUGUUGCAUUUAAUGGAUACUUCACAGCCAAAGCACGCAACGAUUUCAUCAGCAGCGCCCUGCGAGAUGUGGAUGCGGUGAACUGGCGCAUCAUACGGCGAGACAAUCCUGCCAGCGAUUACCCCAGUGACUUUGAGGUGGUGGAGAUCCGGCAGGACACCCGCAGCAGCCUGCUCACCCUGCAGGACCACCCCUACAUCAAACGAGUGACACCCCAGCGCAUGGUCCUCCGCAGCCUCAAACUGACUGACCCGGGCACUGAUGGGGCAUCACCAUGUAAUGACACACGCUGGGUGCAGAAGUGGCAGUCGUGGCAGUCAUCAAGGCCACUCAGGAGAACCAGUCUUUCUCUGGGCUCUGGAUUCUGGCAUGCUACAGGAAGACACUCCAGUCGCCGUCUCCUACGGGCCAUCCCCAGACAUGUCGCCCAGAUACUGCAAGCAGAUGUGCUCUGGCAGAUGGGACACACUGGCUCUGGGGUGAAGGUAGCAGUAUUUGACACUGGGCUGAGUGAGAAGCACCCUCACUUUAAGAAUGUUAAAGAAAGAACCAACUGGACCAAUGAGAAAACACUGGAUGAUGGGUUGGGUCAUGGUACCUUUGUAGCUGGGGUUAUUGCCAGCAUGAGAGAGUGCCAGGGAUUCGCUCCUGAUUCUGAGCUUCAUAUCUUCAGGGUUUUUACUAAUAACCAGGUGUCCUACACCUCUUGGUUCUUGGAUGCCUUUAACUAUGCUAUCCUAAAGAAGAUAGACGUCUUAAAUCUCAGUAUAGGGGGACCAGACUUUAUGGACCAUCCAUUUGUUGAUAAGGUUUGGGAGCUCACAGCCAACAAGGUGAUUAUGGUAUCUGCUAUCGGCAAUGAUGGCCCACUCUAUGGAACCCUGAACAAUCCAGCAGAUCAGAUGGAUGUUAUUGGUGUUGGAGGGAUUGAUUUUGAGGACAACAUUGCCAGAUUCUCAUCCCGAGGCAUGACCACAUGGGAGCUGCCAGGUGGCUAUGGCAGGGUGAAGCCUGACAUUGUGACAUACGGCUCUGGUGUGCGUGGCUCAGGAUUGAAGGAGGGCUGUCGUUCUCUCUCUGGCACCAGUGUUGCAUCACCUGUAGUGGCCGGGGCUAUCACGCUACUGGCCAGCACUGUGUUGAACAGAGAGUUGGUAAACCCGGCCAGUAUGAAGCAGGCCCUGAUCGCUUCAGCACGCAGGCUACCAGGUGUCAACAUGUUUGAGCAGGGCCAUGGAAAACUCGAUUUACUCCGAGCCUACCAGGUCCUUAACAGCUACAAGCCACAAGCCAGCCUGAGUCCGAGCUACAUAGAUCUGACCGAGUGCCCAUACAUGUGGCCCUACUGCUCUCAGCCUAUUUACUAUGGUGGCAUGCCGACGAUUGUCAACGUGACCAUUCUUAAUGGCAUGGGUGUGACUGGAAGGAUUGUGGACAAGCCCAUCUGGCAGCCCUACCUUCCUCAGAAUGGGGAUUAUGUGGACGUUGCGGUGUCUUACUCUCCUGUACUCUGGCCCUGGUCCGGAUACCUGGCUGUUUCCAUAUCUGUGGCCAAGAAAGCUGCAUCAUGGGAAGGCAUUGCUCAGGGUCAUGUCAUGGUUACAGUGGCCUCACCAGCAGAGAAUGAUUCAGCAAUAGGUGGUGACAUGACCUCUACAGUGAAGUUACCAGUGAAGGUAAAGAUUGUCCCCACUCCUCCACGUAGUAAGAGGAUUCUGUGGGAUCAGUACCACAACCUACGCUACCCGCCUGGCUACUUCCCUCGAGACAACCUGCGCAUGAAGAACGAUCCGCUUGACUGGAAUGGUGAUCAUAUUCACACUAAUUUUAGAGACAUGUAUCAGCACCUUCGCAGCAUGGGCUACUUUGUCGAAGUCUUGGGUGCACCAAUCACAUGCUUUGAUGCCAGUCAGUAUGGGACCUUGCUGAUGGUGGACAGUGAAGAAGAGUAUUUUCCUGAAGAAAUCACCAAGUUGAGGAGAGACAUAGAUAACGGCCUGUCUCUUAUUGUCUUCAGUGACUGGUACAACACAUCAGUCAUGAGAAAAGUGAAGUUCUAUGAUGAGAACACCAGGCAAUGGUGGAUGCCGGACACAGGGGGAGCUAACGUGCCAGCCUUGAAUGACCUGAUCUCAGUGUGGGGUAUGGCCUUCAGUGAUGGCCUGUAUGAGGGAGACUUCACAAUGGCAGAUCAUGACAUGUAUUAUGCUUCGGGGUGCAGCAUUGCUCGUUUUCCUGAGGAGGGGAUUGUCAUUGCUCAGACCUUAAAGGAUCAAGGUCUGGAGGUCUUGAAACAAGAGACAGCAGUGGUGGAAAAUGUGCUUGUGCUUGGACUGUACCAAACACCCUCUGAGGGGGGAGGCCGUAUAGCACUCUACGGAGACUCCAACUGCAUUGAUGACAGUCAUAGACAGAAAGACUGUUUUUGGCUUCUGGAUGCUCUGCUGCAGUACACUUCCUAUAGCAUGACUCCACCCAGCCUGACCCACUCUAAAAACAGAGUAGUGCCCCCAACAGGCACAGACAAGCCAUUACCACAGAGAUUGGAAGGUAAUCACCUCUACCGUUACUCCAAAGUGCUGGAGGCUCAUCUGGGUGACCCUAAGCCUCGUCCUUUACCUGCAUGUCCUCAUCUGUCUUGGGCUAAACCCCAGCCGCUUAACGAGACUGCUCCUAGCAAUUUGUGGAAGCACCAGAAGCUACUGUCAGUGGACAUGGACAAGGUUGUUUUGCCUAGUGUGAGGCUGUAUCGGCCUCAGGUUCGACCCCUGUCUCCUGGAGAAAGUGGAGCCUGGGACAUCCCUGGAGGAAUAAUGCCCGGCCGCUAUAAUCAAGAGGUGGGCCAAACCAUCCCAAUGUUUGCCUUUCUUGGUGCCAUGGUUGUUCUUUCCUUCUUUGUGGUGCAAUUGACCAAGGCCAAGAGCAAGCCCAAGCGCAGGAAACCCAGAGUGAAACGGCCGCUUUACCUUCAACAACAGCAACAACAAACCCCUCACUCAGGCAAAACCCCCACCGUAUGAUCAGCCACAUACCACAUCUGGACAAAGUAACGCAGAACAGUCUUCCCUGCGUUGUGUGUGAUGCCGUAAUCCCUCGAUAAUGAGAUUUUAAGGGCUGUGUCUACAUACUUGAGAUGAACCAGUCAUCUGUGCCCAGAUGAGGGCCUUGUUUGGACAUCAGUGUUCCCUGUCACAUCUUGUCUUUAUUCAAUACUUGCCUUUCAAUUUUGUGACCAAAUGGAGGAAUGUUUCCUUUUUUAAUUUAUUAAUGAAAAAUUGACUCUUGACCCUUGCUUUGUAUGUCAAAUUGGACAUCAGAAACCAGCCAUUCAGUUUUCCUUGAUCAACAUAUUGGACUUGUUUCCACAUGUCCUCGUUUUUGUAUUCAGUCAGACUGUGUUUUUAUAAAACAGUUGUGUGCGUACAUUAUUUGUAAAUAGCCAUCAUGAUUUCACUGUUGUUGGUGUGGAAUUAUCAAUGUUUUAAAUAUAUCUUAUCCGAUAUAAAGCAAAAAAAAAAACUGCCUCUGUUUUUAUGAUAAAUAUUAGAUGACCGUCUUCAUAUAACAUUACAAUUGGGGAAAAAUGAGAAGAGUUUUAAUCUUGUUUAUCCAAGGGAUGAUUGCGGUAAACCACCAG